AUGUCUCGAAAGAGUCAAAAAGAAAUGCUUAUGGAAUGGUUAGAGAUUCCACUAAGCAGUGAUGACGAUCUUGAGUGUUUCUCUGACGAUUCCAUUCAAGAUGAGACAUAUGUUGCUCCAGAAUCUGUUGAUUGUGAUAGUGACAGUAGUGACGAAGAAAGUCAAGUACCAGUAAUUAGGACUGAAGAUGUUUCUGGAACAAGACAAUCUGAUGUUAUAAUGAAGGAAUCGACGUCACAGUUGUCUGAUAAUGCUCUGAAACUGCCAUGCAGCAGCAAAAAUGUUACCAAAAACAGCAGGAGUGUGGUUUGGAAAGAUAAAGAGUUGAUUAUUCCCGAACUGCAGUCAAAAUUUCAUGGCAAUACUUCUUUACCAGAAGAAGUAAUAAACUUAAAUACUCCAUACCAAUUCUUCAAACAUAUAUUUCCAUCUAAAUUGUUUGAUCUAAUUGUCGAAGAGUCUCAUAGAUACAGUGUGCAGUGUAAUCCUGAUAGACCAAUAGAUUUAUCCUGUGAUGACAUAAAAAAAUUUAUAGGCAUCUGUCUCGUAAUGUCAAUAGUUCAUGUACCUAAUACGAGGGAUUACUGGGGAGAAGUUACUGGUACUCAUCUGAUCAAGACAACAAUGACAGUGAAUCAGUAUGAGCAAAUACGUAAGUUUCUUCACUUCAAUGACAACAGUGCAAUGAUACCCAGGGGUGAAAAAGGUCAUGAUAGACUCUUCAAAAUAAGACCCAUAAUAGAAUUGAUGAGAUCUCGGUUUCAAACAAUACCUGUUGAGGAGUGUGUUUCUGUUGAUGAACAGAUAUGUUCAACAAAGGCUAGAAGUUAUUUGAAACAAUACAUGCCAAACAAGCCUCAUAAAUAUGGAUACAAAUUAUUUGUUAUUAGUGGCAUAUCUGGUUAUGCCUACGAUUUUGAGAUUUUCACUGGAGAUGAAAAUGAACCAGAAAAAAGAGUGACUGGGGAGGAAGACUUGGGAGCAAGUGCAAAUGUUGUAGUUCGACUCAGUAGGAUACUACCAAGAAAUAUGAGCCACAAACUGUACUGUGACAAUUAUUACACAAGUCUGCCACUGCUUGUAUGGUUACAUAAACAAGGAAUUUACUCACUUGGGACAGUCAGAAGAAACAGAGUGCCAGACUGCAAGCUCCCUUCAGAAGCUGAGCUGAAGAAAAUGGCACGAGGUGCAUCAGUAGAGCGCGUCGCAACAGUGGAUGGUGUCGACAUAUCAAAUGUAGUGUGGAAAGAUAACAAGAGUGUGAUGUUGCUUUCUACACUUGCUGGACAGCAGCCUAUUCAUGAAGCAGGGAGGUAUGACAAAAAAACAAAGUCAAGAAUAACAAUACCUUGUCCACAAAUAAUUAAGCUCUACAAUAAACAUAUGGGACAGCAUAAUGGGUCGACAUAA